CGAUUCGAGUUCUCCUUCCGCAAGAGACAUAGCGGUCCGUCUACGUCCUCUUCGAGUAUCUCCCCAACAGUUCCUGUGCUCCAAUCGCCCAUGGCCUUCCAAGCACUCGGUGCGAGGACCAUCUCCGAGGCGACAUUGAAGCAGAAGAAUAAACUGGAUAGGGCACCUGUGAGGCCGUCCAUGUUUCUCGAGGAGAAGGACGACGAUGAGCAUGCGAUGUACCCCAUCAAGCCAGGUGUGCCUGCUGAUGUGAAGCCGACUCAUCUCGAACGCAAGAGUAUUGAGGGAGAGUCUGUGUUGCGUCCCAAAAGUCAAUACUUCGAGGAGAUGUUCAAUAUCAGGGGUCUGGUGACCUCCACGAGAACUCAGAUUACUCACGAAGCUGUGACCGUCGUUGAGGUCAAGAUCAAUACCCGGGUCAAGGACGAUGACACGCUGGCGUCGACGAUCUCAACAAGGAUGGCACAGAUUCUUGAAAAGCCCGAGGUCUUCAUCAUGACCACGAUUCAGCAAGAUGCUUGUGUUUACUUUGGGAACUCAAAUACGCCGGCGUACCUGAUGAAGGUGUUCGCAUUGCCGUUUCUCAUAGCGCCUAUAAUGAAUCUCCGCAGUACCAUCCUGAUUCAGAUGGAGCUCCAGAAGAUUCUAAACAUAGCGCCGAACCGCGGAAUCAUCUUAUACAUUCCGAUGCCGGAAGAGAACCUUGCAACCAACGGAGUGACUGUGAUGGGCCAGUUGGCAAAUCUGGAGCGUGGCACGGGGAUUUUUCGAACUAUUUCUCGGACUGUGAGCCGAAAGUUGAAAUCCGGUAGCACACAGAGUGCUCCGAUCUCUGUGGCGACAACAUCCUCGUGG